GCAAGCAGAGCGCGCCGGUCCGUCCGCCAAGCGACCCCCUCCCGCGGCGGCAACAUGGAGCAGCUAAAGGCUUUUGAUCGAGAAGUAAAUGAGUUUGUGGACUACAUGUUUGGAGCUAGAGAUUCCAGGGUCAGAGGAUGGCUUAUGCUGGAUUCAUAUUUACCUACCUUUUUCCUCACUGUUGUAUAUCUGCUCUUCAUACGUCUGGGUACCACGUUUAUGAAGACCAGGCCAGCUUUGUCACUCAGGGGUCUUCUUAUUGUAUAUAACCUUGGAGUCACGAUGCUUUCAUUUUACAUGCUUAUAGAGCUAAUUCUUGCCACUUGGGAAGGAGGUUAUAACUUGCAGUGUCAGAACCUAACCAGUGCGGGAGAAGCUGACAUCCGGGUGGCCAAGGUAUUGUGGUGGUAUUACUUUUCGAAAGUCAUUGAAUUUGCUGACACUGCUUUCUUUGUGCUGCGGAAGAAAAACAGCCAAAUUACUUUCCUUCACGUUUAUCAUCAUGCCACCAUGUUUAACAUCUGGUGGUGCGUCAUGAACUGGAUUCCUUGUGGACAAAGUUUCUUUGGACCCACCUUGAACAGUUUUAUCCACGUCCUCAUGUACUCCUACUAUGGGCUGUCCGUCAUUCCAUCCAUGCGCAAGUAUCUUUGGUGGAAGAAAUACCUCACUCAGGCACAACUGAUCCAGUUUUUGCUCACCAUUACGCAUACACUCAGCGCAGUUGUGAAACCAUGUGGAUUUCCAUUUGGUUGCCUCAUCUUCCAGUCCUCAUAUAUGGCCACACUGGUCGUUCUGUUUGUUAAUUUUUAUGUUAAGACGUAUCGGAAAAGACCUCCAAGAACUGAUGUGAAAGAGGUCCCUCUGAUGACAGAACUCAAGAACGGGUUCCAUAAAGACUACCUAACAGCAGCUAAUGGUGCUUUGAACAAUAAAAAAGCACAAUAAGUAG